AUGAGACCAUUUCGUCCGUUGCUCCGCUCGCCGCAUACUGCCGGCAACAGGGUGGCCCAGCAGAAACGGCAUUUCCACCCCACACGGCCGUCUCCUUUUAUCAAUGAGGUGCUGGAGGUUUCAUCGGGUUUCAUACAUGGGGUUCAUUCGAUCAGUGGCCUUCCGUGGGUCAUGUCCAUUCCAUUGACCGCUCUGAUUGUUCGGACAACCGUCGCCAUGCCGCUACAGAUAUACACCAAGAUGCAAGCACGCAAGGAGCGCGACAUCGUCCCCCUGAUUUAUUCGUGGAAAAAACACUAUCAGGACCAGAUCAAGAAGCGCAUUGAUACCUCAAACGACACUCCGAUCCUCCCGAGAGACGCUAGACGAGAGCUUGCGGCCAAGGUCAAGGACAAGAAGAAAGAGCUGCACAAACGGUGGAACGUGCCCCGGUUCUGGAAACCAGUCGGCUUCCUCCAGAUUCCGAUCUGGAUCUCAGUCAUGGAGAGUCUCCGAGCGAUGUCCGGGAACAACAAGGGGCUGGUGCCGUACCUCCUCUCCCUGACCGAACCGACCACCGCGGAGCCAAGCACUGCGCUUCAUCUGGCCGUCGAACCGUCCCUGGCUACGGAAGGCGCUCUGUGGUUUCCUGAUCUUUUGGCCGGAGACCCAACAGGUAUCCUCCCAGCCGCAUUGACUCUGUCAAUCCUACUCAACAUCCGUGCGGGAUGGACUGCGCCUCGCUUGAGUGAACUGGCUGAUCUACCGCGGAUUGAGAUUGCCCAGAACCUUGCGAUGCGUAGUCUCAGGUUGCUGGUCCAAGUGCUGGCCCUCAAUAUCGGUGCAUCUUCCUAUAUAUAUGAAAUGCCCUCAGCACUCAUGAUUUAUUGGAUUAGCAGUACGAACAUUGCUACAUUGCAGACUCUCCUACUUGACAAGUUCAUUGUGUCGGAGUCGAUUCUGAAACCCUGGAGGCAGAUUCACAUUGGAUACACUCAAUCUGAACAGAAGGCCGCUCCGGUAAAAUGA